GAAUUUAGAAGCAAUUCAAGAUGGCUGCCUCCAUGGAAGCGCACGCGAAAGGGAAACAAAAAGUAAUAAAAAGUGUGCCAAAAUCGUCCAACGAGAAAAGGCUGAUCGUUAUUUUGGAAAAGGCAUCACUUGAAUCCGUUAAGGUUGGAAAGCAAUUUGAGUUGAUAAACUGUGACAAACAUAAACAUAUUGCCAAAAAGAGUGGACGAGACAUUUCCCAAUGUCGGCCAGAUAUUACACACCAGUGUUUACUGAUGCUGAUGGACAGUCCACUAAAUCGAGCUGGUCUGCUGCAAGUCUACAUCCACACUGAGAAGAAUGUCCUCAUAGAAAUCAACCCACAGACAAGAAUUCCUCGCACGUUUGACAGGUUCUGUGGACUUAUGGUACAACUACUACGUAAACUCAGCAUCCAUGCUGCUGAUGGACCACAAAAGUUACUCAAGAUAAUAAAAAACCCAGUGACUGAACACUUACCUAUAGGGUGUCCAAAGAUUGGGACAUCUUUCAGCGCAGACCUCUGUCAGGACCUAAAGGAACUUAUCCCUUCAGCUGAACCUGUAGUGUUUGUGAUCGGAGCAAUGGCACAUGGCAAGGUAGAGGUGCCUUACACAGAGAAGACAGUGUCCUUCAGUAACUACCCGCUGUCUGCGGCACUCACAUGUGCCAAACUGUGCAACGCCUGCGAGGACAAAUGGGAGAUCAAAUAAAAUCUUACAUCUCAGUGUGGUUUUCUUCUCUCUUAUUUAUCAUGUAACUGUAAUACUUAGUGUUGAUUUUGUAUUGUGUAGAAAUAUUUAAAACAAAGCACGUUCACACAGUGUUCAAUGGAUUUGUGGUUUUGAGGUUACUGGACACCAUUAUUUUUAAGGGGUAGCGGCGGCCAAGUGGUUCAGGCGUCUGACAUACUGCUACCACUAGCCCUCCACCACUGGGUCGCAGGUUCGAGGCCUACGGGGGGCAGUUGACAGGAACUGGCCAUAGGUCGUAGGGUUUUCUCCCCGAAACUCCUGCUUUCCUCCACAACCAAAACUUGGCACGUCCUUAAAUUACCAUAGCUUUUAAUAGAACGUAAAACAUAUUAAACAAAUCAAAACCAAAC